AUGUUCAGAGAUAGAACUAAUCUGUUUUUAUCGUAUCGUCGUACGUUCAGCCAUUUUGCAGAUUCUUUAGGGACUAAGAAUAAUAAUAUUAACGAUGAAUUCGUUGGCGAUGGCAACGAUAUUGAGCUGGAAUCAUACCCAAUGAUAACUCACAAUCAAGAGAACAACACGCUGCCACCAUUGUUUGUUGACAUUGCUCGCGAUAUUGAUGAAUACUUGGACCAAACUAACAGGCGAAUGGAACAGCUGAUGAAAUUGUAUCGAAAGAAUUCGUUGCCAGGGUUCGAGGACAACACUAAAGAUGAGAAAAUGAUUGAAGAAUUGAGUAUUAAAAUUCUGGAGCUUUUUCAAAGAUGUUAUAACGUAAUUAAAAAAUUAAAGACCAUCUUCCAGGAACAAUUUUUACAAGGUAAACAACUAAAUAAGAGUGAAUUGAUCAUACUAGACAAUCUAACAAAGCAAUAUGCUGAUAAGAUACAAUGGGAAUCAAAUAAAUUCAGAAUUUUACAAAACAACUAUUUGAAAUAUCUCAAUAAAGAUGAUUUGAAACCUAUACUGCCAAAGAAUAAUAAAGAAUCUUCUCAGCUACUGUUGCUAGAGGAAGAGAACGUGGGAGGUAAAGAAAGACUAGAUCGUGAUAUUGAAAGUUAUUCGAGGCAUACGUUACAAACCCAAAUGAAUAAAAGAUCAAAUGAGCGAUAUUUACAAGAACGUGAUGAAGAAAUCACAAAGUUAGCGACUAGUGUCUUUGAAGUCAGCACUAUCUUCAAAGAAAUGCAACAUUUAAUUAUUGAUCAAGGCACUAUAGUAGAUAGAAUUGAUUAUAAUUUAGAAAAUACAGUUAUUGAAUUGAAAAGUGCAAACAGAGAAUUGGAUAAAGCGACACAUUAUCAAAAGAGAACUCAAAAAUGUAAAAUUAUUUUGUUUCUAUCGUUAUGUGUCCUUGUCUUAUUUUUCUUAGUGAUGUUGAAACCACAUAAUAAGACAGUGUACAAAACAGUACCUCCACCAAAGCCCGUUGAAGAAAUAUCGAUAGAAGAACCAGCAAAUUUAGAUAAGGUCAUGGCUUGA